UAGUUUCACCUGUUUCUAUGAUGGGUGGCUCAUUCAUCAUAGCGAUAGACUUUGGCACUGCUUACAGUGGAUAUGCCUUCAGUUUGACAUCCACAGAGAAAGAAAUUGAUCCAUAUGUAAAGCCCUGGGGUGAAGAGCUUGCAAGAGAGACACCAAAGGCUCCAACCUGCAUCCUUUUUGAUGAACAUGGAGAAUUUAUGAAGUUUGGUUAUGAGGCUCAAAUGGCUUAUGUUGAAAUGCGUGGUGAGAACGCAAGGAAACACUUAUACUUUGAAUGCUUCAAGAUGUCCCUCUAUGGCACAAAACUCAACAGAGAUGUAACAAUUAAAACUGCAAAUGGAAAGUCAAUGAAGGCCUUGAAGGUUUUCACUGAAGCUUUACGAUACCUUAAGGAAGACGCCUUGGAAACCAUUGCAGCAAACACAGAGGGGAGGAAGUUUAUUGCCUCUGACUUCACCUGGGUGCUGACUGUACCUGCGAUCUGGGAUCCUUCAGCCAAACAGUUCAUGAGAGAAGCUGCAACUCAGGCUGGUAUUGUGACCAAAGGAAAGGAAGACAAGUUGGUCAUUGCACUGGAACCAGAGGCAGCUUCAGUCUGGUGUAAGAAGCUCCCAGCUGAAGGUUUUAUAACACAGAACCAUGGAGGAGACUCACUGGAGCACUCUCCAGGAACACAAUACAUUGUCGUCGACUGUGGAGGUGGAACUAUUGACAUAACUGUCCAUGAGGUUCUGGAUGGAGGAGCCCUGAAGGAGCUGCACAAGGCCUCUGGAAAUGAUCUGGGUGGACAAAGUGUGGACAAGAAAUUCAAGGAGUUCCUCAGAGAAAUCUUCUGUGAUGGUGUCUGGGAUGAGUAUGAAAGAGAGUAUCCCAGUGAGGUUCAGAAAAUGAUGUAUGAGUUCGCAGUUCUUAAAAGAAAGGAUGAAGAUCUUCAGAUCACUUGUUCAUUUAAUCUGGGAUCAUUAGCUCAGGGAAGGCACAGAAAUAUGGAAAAGAUCUUUGAAACAGUGGAAGGUGCAUCCUGGAACGACGGGUCAAUCAAAAUCUCAAAAGACAAAAUGAGGUCUUUCUUCAUUGAGUCUCUGAACAGCAUCACUGAGAGUCUCAGAGAAAUCUUGGACAAAGAUUUCAACAUCCAGUUCAUCCUGUUAGUGGGGGGGUACGCUGAAAGCAAGAUUCUGCGUGGACACAUUAAUGAUCAGUUUGGUGAUCAGUGUAAAGUUCUGUGUCCUUUUAGAGCCCAAGAAGCAAUUGUGAAGGGAGCUGUGAAGUUUGGAAGAAACCCAGAGGUGGUGGCAUCUCGCAAAAGUGCCUUUACCUAUGGGAUCGCUGUCUUUCCAAGGUUUGAUGAAUCCAAGCACAAGGCAGAAAAGAAAUACACAAGCACAACUGGAGAGAGGUGCAAGGAUGUUUUCAAGAAACUAGUGGAGAUUGAUGAAGAUGUUGGUUGGGAUAAACCCAGAGAGUACACAUUAGGUCCAACAGAAGUGGAUCAGAAAAGUAUGAGCUUUAGAUUUUUUCACACAGAAAGAAAAGAUCCAUUCUAUGUGGAUGAGUGGGGAAUGGAGGAAUUUGGCUCAUUUAUCAUUGACAUGCCCGACACUAAACGUGGUAUGGAUCGUCAAGUCAAUCUGGAAAUCAAGUUUGGCUUCACUGAAAUGACAGCAACUGCCACUGACAUGGAUUCAAUGUCAACAGCAUCAGUCAAACUCGACUUUAUGACUAAAUCAUAAAAAUGUUUCAGAAAAUAUCAAAACUGCAGCUGUUCCUCAAAGUGAAUCCAUCAGGAAUCAUGAACAGCUGUGGAUAACAACUUGAAUCAAGUUGAAUCAUAUGUGGUUAAAAUGGAAGAAUCAUGACCAUCUCUUGCCGUCAGGUUUAAUAAUAUAUUGUUCUUUCAUAUUUAGUUUGUUUUAGUGAGGAAAGUUCUGCUCUGUUUUGUUUUUAUCAAGCAGCUUAAUUAAAGCAAAUGUUUUCAGAGAGUUGUUAAGCUUUGGGUAACAAUGUAGAAGUGUUGACUUCUGUAAUGUUCAUACAUUGAAUGUGUGUAAUACUGUAACACAAAGGCCUUUUGGAGCUGAACUUUCUAUUCAUAGUGUAGAAGAUCUUUCCUUUGACAGCAGGUUUGCAGGGCUGCAGAUAUAUACUCAAUUUACAUAAUACAUGUGAAAGAUAUGUGAUGCAGAAAUGUAAUGUGAUUUCAGAAGUAUUUACCAGAGUCAAAGACCAGAUGAUGUUGACAGAGUUUGGGAGCAGAGUGUAUGUAUAGCAGGGAGAUGAACUACUGUCAGAAGGAUCUGUAGACCUGCUGACAUGAAUCCAUUUUAUAGACUGUGGCAAACCAACCCCUUUCCAGUUUUUUCAUUGCUAUUAUUUCUAUUAAUUGUAAUGUUACAAUUUUUAUCUUUGAGCAGAAGAUAUUAGUGUGGUCAUUUGAAAUAAUCUACCAUCAGGAAUAUGACUGUAUUUGCAUUAUUGUGUUCACCAUUAUGAAGGCCUUUAUCGUUUUCAUUGUGGUUAAUUAGAUCAAUCUCUAUCACAUUAUAAUUACACUGCAAUUUCACUAGGGCUCAACUGUUCAUUUGGCAGACCAGGCACUUUCCCAGAGUGGACCUUUGUGUGUGUGUGUGUGUGUGUGUGUGUGUGUGUGUGUGUGUGUGUAACUUUAACUUUUUGUUGUCAUUCUAAGUGUGAAUUAAAGAUGUAUCAUAUUUAAACUUCUAAACAUAAAAUACAUUUUAAGUUUUAUAGUAAUCAAUCGCCACAGCCUGUUUCUUCCUGAUAAUAAACACUGUUUAUGAAGAGAACCUGGCACUGGCACUACAUUUUCACAGUGCCAGUUACCUCUGACCAGGACUGAGGUGGAGGCUGAGUGCAUGUCACCAGAGUCAAGAGUUUAAUUUAUACAUAUUAAAACGAACUAAUUCAUGUUCAUAGUUUAUAAUCUUGAAUUUACAUUUAUUUUUUCAAAUCCAUUUUUUUUAAUGAGCUGCUCUGAGCUGUUCUUUUUCAGUUAAACCCAUCCAUCUGCAGGCCAAUCACUGCUACUUCCACAAUGAAUUUUUGUGUAUUACUAUAAAAACACAGACAGAGGUUACUUUGAAAAGCCAAGAAAAAAACAAUGUGUUAACAAUGUGUGAUAAAGCAGAUCAGUUUACAAAUGUAAUUCAGUCAUUCUGAACACCAGAGUCCAGGAGAUGCCAGGUACCAACACAGGUAAAAUUAUCAGAAAACAGAGGCUGUGGAAAUGUAAGCUAACAUUGUAAACUAAGGCAGGUAUAUGGUCUGUUGUUCUGUAUCUGUGCUGUAUUAUCUGCUGUUUAUUCAUUUCCUGAUGAAGAACAUUGG